AUGUCAUACGGACAUUCCGCGUUCGUGCCGCCGUCGCACAUGAAUCAAAACAUGUAUGGCAUGCCACCAUCGUCUUCAUACAACACCUCGUGGCUAGAUAAGCUAAAGAGUCUGUCUUCCAGCGCAGAAGACUUGAUGGACUCUCUGUCACAGCCUAUCCGCCCAUAUAUUCCAGCGAUCGGCCGUUUCUUGAUUGUGGUAACAUUCUUGGAAGAUGUAUUGCGCAUCUUGACGCAGUGGUCUGAUCAGGUAAGCUUCCUGCACAAGUACCGCAACAUGCCGCUCUUUAUUGUGUAUGUUUUCCUAAUCAUCAAUGUGGUGUUCAUGACCGUGGCCUCUUGCCUCGUCAUUAUUCGCCGCAUGCCAGAGCUCUCUAUCGGUGCCCUGCUAUGUGUCAUCGUGCUCCAGGGAAUUGGUUAUGGCUUGAUCACGGAACCCAACUUCUUCCUCCGUAAUCUGUCCGUCGUCGGCGGCCUACUCAUGGUAUUUACUGAGAGCCUCGCAUCCCGGCGCCGCAACCUAUUUGCCGGCCUGCCUAGUAUUAGCGAGACGGACAAAAAGAUUUACUAUCAGCUCGCGGGCCGUGUAUUGCUCAUCUUUUUGUUCAUCGGUUUUGUCCUUCGGGGCGAGUGGUCUCUCUUCCGCGUGCUAGUAUCUCUCCUUGGCUUCUGCGCCUGUGUGAUGGUCGCGAUCGGCUUCAAGGCCCGUUGGAGUGCCAUGUUCCUUGUCCUCUUGCUCAGUGUGCUUAAUAUAGCCGUGAACAACUUCUGGACGGUCCACUCAGCCUUGCCUCAGCGCGACUUUUUGCGCUACGACUUUUUCCAAACCCUCUCCAUUGUGGGUGGCCUGCUCCUUCUCAUCAACCUUGGUCCGGGUGGGCUUUCGAUGGACGAACGCAAGAAGGUUACAUGA